GGAACACGCUCUGAGCCUCUGGUCCAGCGGUAUCGGAGCCGCCAUCAUGGUGCGGAAGCUUAAGUUCCACGAGCAAAAGCUGCUGAAGCAGGUGGACUUCCUAAACUGGGAGGUCACCGACCAUAACCUGCAUGAGCUUCGCGUGUUGCGGCGUUAUCGGCUGCAGCGGCGGGAGGACUACACGCGCUACAACCAACUGAGCCGUGCUGUACGCGAACUGGCGCGGCGCCUGCGGGACUUGCCGGAGCGGGACCCUUUUCGCGUGCGCGCUUCGGCAGCGCUGCUGGACAAGCUGUAUGCUCUCGGCCUAGUGCCCACGCGCGGGUCGCUGGAACUAUGCGAUUUCGUCACUGCCUCGUCCUUUUGCCGCCGCCGCCUGCCCACGGUGCUCCUUAAGCUGCGCAUGGCUCAACACCUCCAGGCCGCCGUGACUUUCGUAGAGCAGGGCCACGUGCGCGUGGGCCCCGACGUGGUCACGGAUCCCGCCUUCCUUGUCACGCGCAGCAUGGAGGACUUUGUUACCUGGGUUGACUCGUCCAAGAUCAAGCGGCACGUGCUGGAGUACAAUGAGGAGCGUGACGACUUCGAUCUGGAAGCCUAGCGGGUCCUCCCUCCCUAGGACGGCAUUUUAUAGAUGCAGAAGCCCAGACCUGAUGCCUGAGAUUCUGUGAGGACGCUCUCCCAGAAGUGUGUCAGCUAGUCGUCGGUUAUUAAGAACUUGGCUCCUCAGCUACAAGCCACGCGCGGAGCCAAAGGGUACGCCCGUUUUCCACGAAUUUUUCUUAGCCUUUGGACGAUUUAGAAUUAAAUGACUGCCUUUAGAGACCAUGAGAAGCGGUUUUGUGCUUCACUGGGGAGUUGUUAGAUUUUGGUACCUGAAACAUCGUAGUGUGAAAGAAAGGACUUUGCGGGGGGGGGCACCCCUACAUUUCCCUUUCAUCUUCUUGUAGGACAGUUUGGUUUAACUUAUUUAACUCGAAUUCUUACUCCUCUUCUUGAUUAAGCUGUGUACAGAUGUUGGAGAGUUUGGUCUCAAGUUUUCAUAAAAUGGGUGAUAUUUUAGUGUUCUGAGUCUUUUUUUCUUGUUUAAAGGAAUGCUCUCCUAAUGCCAAUAAAUGGCUUAACUACC